AUGGGAGCUGAGCGAGAUAUGGAGGAGCCUGGCGACCUCCCAAGAAAAGAUAAAGCAUCUCCUUCAAGUCCGCUCGCUUCAGAUAAUGCUGCCGCUAGGCCAGACGGAUGCCACACGCCAUCUGAAAGCCUGCAGGUCGAGGUACAGUCUGAUGGCCCAUCUCACUUCGACGCAGUGCACAUCCUUACCCGAAUUAGCCUGUUUAAAAGUUUGGAUGGAGUUGCCACAGAUCUAGAUAAAAGAAAAGAAGUCUUCGGGCAAAAUAUUAUACCUCCAAAGAAGCCAAAAACUUUUUUACAGUUAGUGUGGGAAGCAUUACAAGACGUGACCCUCAUUAUCCUGGAGAUUGCAGCGCUGAUCUCUCUGGGACUGUCCUUUUAUCAGCCGCCUGGAGAGGGCAGCGAGUCCUGUGGGACGGCGAAUGCGGGUGCAGAGGACGAAGGGGAAGCGGAGGCCGGUUGGAUCGAGGGGGCUGCUAUCUUACUCUCAGUGGUCUGUGUUGUUCUGGUCACGGCCUUCAAUGACUGGAGCAAGGAGAAACAGUUCAGGGGUUUACAGAGCCGCAUCGAACAGGAACAGAAAUUCCAGGUGGUGCGAGGAGGGCAGGUCAUCCAACUUCCUGUGGCAGAUAUUUUGGUUGGCGAUAUUGCACAAAUCAAGUAUGGUGACCUGCUUCCAACUGAUGGGGUCUUGAUACAAGGCAAUGAUGUGAAGAUUGAUGAGAGUUCUCUGACAGGGGAAUCUGACCAUGUGCGCAAAUCUGCAGAUAAAGACCCCAUGCUUCUCUCUGGCACCCAUGUGAUGGAGGGCUCAGGUCGAAUGCUGGUCACGGCUGUCGGAGUGAACUCUCAGACUGGGAUCAUCUUCACUUUACUCGGUGCUGGAGGAGAGGAGGAAGAGAAAAAAGAGAAGAAAGGUCAGGCUCUGGAGGAUGGCCAUCAGCUGGCAGGUAAAAUGCAGGAUGGAAAUAUGGAGAACAACCAGACCAAAGUGAAGAAGCAGGACGGUGCUGCAGCAAUGGAGAUGCAGCCCUUGAAGAGUGCAGAGGGUGGAGAGGCCGAUGACAAAGAGAAGAAGAAAGCCAGUGUCUCCAAGAAAGAGAAAUCCGUUCUGCAGGGAAAACUGACCAAGCUGGCCGUGCAGAUCGGCAAAGCAGGUUUGGUGAUGUCUGCCAUUACAGUCAUCAUCCUGGUGCUUUACUUUGCAAUCGAUAACUUUGUGCUUCUGAAGAGGCCGUGGCUGCCGGAGUGUACGCCGAUCUACAUUCAGUAUUUUGUCAAAUUCUUCAUCAUUGGCGUUACAGUGCUGGUGGUGGCUGUUCCUGAAGGCCUUCCGCUGGCUGUCACCAUCUCUCUGGCCUACUCGGUGAAGAAAAUGAUGAAGGAUAACAAUUUGGUACGCCAUCUGGAUGCUUGUGAGACCAUGGGCAAUGCCACAGCUAUCUGCUCAGACAAGACUGGCACACUGACCACCAACCGAAUGACAGCAGUGCAAUGCUAUGUGGGCGAUGUCCAUUACAAGGAGAUACCAGACCCCAGCUCCAUCCCACCCAAAACUCUGGAAAUACUGGUCAACGCUAUAUCCCUCAACAGCGCCUACACUACUAAAAUACUGCCUCCAGAUAAGGAAGGAGGUCUUCCCAAACAAGUGGGCAACAAAACCGAGUGCGGCCUGCUGGGUCUGGUCCUGGACCUGAAACGAGACUACCAGACUGUCCGGAACCAGAUCCCAGAGGAGAAACUCUACAAGGUGUACACCUUCAACUCCGUGCGGAAGUCCAUGAGCACCGUCAUCAAGCUUCCAGACGGCAGCUUCAGAAUGUACAGCAAAGGAGCGUCCGAAAUCGUCCUUAAAAAGUGUAGUAUCAUUCUGAACGAGACGGGCGAACCCCGCGUCUUCAGACCAAGGGACAGGGACGAGAUGGUAAAGAAAGUAAUCGAACCCAUGGCCUGCAACGGGCUCAGAACCAUCUGCGUGGCCUACCGCGACUUUACUGCAGACCCGGAGCCCAACUGGGAGGAUGAGAACAACAUUUUGACUGAGCUGACCGCAAUAUGUGUUGUUGGAAUUGAGGAUCCUGUCAGACCUGAGGUGCCCGACGCCAUCCUGAAAUGCCAGCGUGCUGGAAUCACUGUGCGUAUGGUGACAGGAGACAACAUCAACACGGCACGAGCCAUCGCUAUCAAAUGUGGCAUCAUCCACCCCGGAGAAGACUUCCUGUGCAUCGACGGGAAGGAGUUCAACAGGAGGAUCAGGAAUGAGAAGGGAGAGGUUGAGCAGGAGCGCAUUGAUAAAGUGUGGCCUAAACUGCGAGUGCUUGCCAGAUCCUCACCGACGGACAAACACACGCUGGUCAAAGGUAUUAUUGACAGCACUCUGGUGGACCAGCGGCAGGUGGUUGCUGUAACUGGGGAUGGAACCAACGACGGACCGGCCCUCAAGAAGGCAGAUGUCGGCUUUGCCAUGGGAAUCGCAGGGACAGAUGUGGCCAAAGAGGCGUCUGACAUCAUCCUGACGGAUGAUAACUUCUCCAGCAUAGUGAAGGCCGUGAUGUGGGGACGCAACGUCUACGACAGCAUUUCGAAGUUCCUCCAGUUCCAGCUGACCGUUAACGUGGUGGCUGUGAUCGUUGCCUUUACCGGAGCCUGUAUAACCCAGGAUUCUCCUCUGAAAGCAGUGCAGAUGUUGUGGGUGAACCUGAUCAUGGACACGUUUGCAUCUCUGGCUCUGGCCACUGAACCGCCCAACGAGGCUCUGUUGAUGAGGAAACCCUACGGCCGAAACAAACCCCUGAUCUCCAGCACCAUGACCAAGAACAUCCUGGGCCAUGGCGUGUACCAGCUCAUCAUCAUCUUCACACUGCUGUUUGCGGGCGAGCAGAUCUUUGACAUCGACAGUGGCAGAAACGCGCCGCUGCAUUCUCCUCCAUCUGAGCACUACACCAUCAUCUUCAACACCUUCGUCAUGAUGCAGCUCUUCAACGAGAUCAACGCACGCAAGAUCCAUGGAGAGAGGAACGUGUUUGACGGCAUUUUCAGAAACCCCAUCUUCUGCUCCAUUGUUCUGGGCACUUUCGCCAUUCAGAUCGUGAUUGUUCAGUUUGGAGGGAAACCGUUCAGUUGUUCUCCUCUGGACCUGGAGAAGUGGAUGUGGUGUGUGUUUCUGGGGAUGGGAGAGCUGGUCUGGGGACAGGUUAUCUCAACAAUCCCAAACAGCAAGCUGAGGUUCCUCAGAGGGGCUGGUCAGCUGUCAAAGAAGGAUGAAAUGCACGAGGAGGAGAUGAACGAGGACCAGGAGGAGAUCGAUCACGCUGAGAGGGAGCUGCGGCGAGGGCAGAUCCUCUGGUUCAGAGGCCUCAACAGAAUCCAGACUCAGAUCGAUGUAGUGAACACGUUCAAGAGCGGGACUUCCUUUCAGGGGGCUCUGAGACGCCAGUCCUCCACCACCAGUCAAAAUCAGGAUGUAACCCAUGUUUCUAGUCCUAGUCACGUGUCCUUGUGCAAUGCUCUUUCCUCUCCUACCAGCACUGCUGCUGCUCCCUCUGGGCAGUGCUAAGAGCCCUGGACUAAGGGUGCAGCCUACGAAGUGAAUUACAGAUACGUGUUGUGAACGCAUUUCGUAGCUCCCUCUACGAAGGCUUGGAAAAACCCGAAUCCAGAACCUCCAUCCACAAUU